CGGGAGAAAAAGAAUACAGAUCACUCCUAACCAUCUGCUUGUUCGCGCGAGUGAAAAAAAUCCCCAUCCACUGUUGCUCUGUCCGAUCCCCAUUUCCUCCGCCUUAGAUCCCCAAUUCCUCUCUUCGUCGCUCCGCUCGAUCCCCAAAUUCUCCCACAACGCAUGCACUGGAUCCCCAAUUUCUCCAACGAUUGCUCCUCCCGUGGCUGCGCCAACGUCGCUGCUCCUCCCGGCCUCCCCUCCUUCGGCUGUGACCUCGCUGUGCCGCGGCUUCGGUGCCACGUUGCCGCACGCGGCCUCGCCCAUCGAUGACGCUGCGUGCGCGAACUACUCCGGCCGCGACGCUGCCGAUGCGUGCUUCUCUGUCUCGUCCGCGCCACAAACUUGAAGCUGCUCUCAACCAUCAGCACCUACUAGACGGUCACCGCCCUCAACUUCGCCUACAUCGUUCGUGAGUUCUGCGUUAGAGACAAGGUGGAGAAAAAAAAACAGAUUGGUCAUGGAUGGAAGGAAAAACAUCAACACCAACUAGAUCCAUGUGAAAAGGCAGCAGAAGAAUGCUAGAGGAAGGCAACGGCUAGGAGACCAAAUGAGCAACUCAAAUGGAAGAGCAGCAACGGCUAGUAGUACUCGUUACUGUGUUUAGUAACUGACAUGUAUAUUUUAUUGGUGUGCACAGAAAAACAGUAAAAGUAUUGUAUUUUAUAGCUUUGUUGCUACACCUUAAGCUUAAGGUGUACUUUGGUUGUCUCGGACUUGUGGUUUGACUCCACAAUGCUAAAUGUGUUGUACUGUAGCAGUAUUUAAUGUCUAAGGUUACUUUCUAGUGUACAUUGUGGAUGCCCUUACGACUAGUAGAAGGCUAGAAGCUGAAAAUGAAAAGAAAAAGGAAAGAAAAAGGAAUCCCGAAAGCCUCGCCAACUCCUCCCCCCCACUCUCCGAUGCCGCCGUCCCCUUCGCCGGCGCCGCCACCGCCGGCGGCAAUGCCGCCGCCGCGGGAGCACGUGGAGAGGAUCCGGCGCGAGCGGUUCUUCAUCGGGCGCGGGGAGAGGAACCCGCUGGCGGAGGACAUGCACCAGGCCGUCAACUACCUCAGCCAGGAAAUCUACUCCAAGGACGUCCACUUCCUCAUGGAGCUCAUCCAAAAUGCAGAGGACAAUGAUUAUCCCUCUGGGGUAGCACCUUCUUUGGAGUUUCUGAUAACGUCAAAGGAUAUUACUGGUUUGGGUGCACCAUCCACUUUACUCAUCUUCAACAACGAGAAGGGAUUCUCUCCGUCAAACGUAGAGUCCAUUUGCCGUGUGGGUAAAUCAACAAAAAAGGGUAAUAGGCACCAAGGUUACAUUGGAGAAAAAGGUAUUGGUUUCAAGAGUGUCUUCCUGAUUUCACGCCAACCACAUAUUUUCAGCAAUGGAUACAGAAUCAAGUUCAAUGAGGAUCCUUCGUCAGAAUGCAAUAUUGGGUACAUUGUCCCAGAAUGGGUUGAAUCAAAGCCAAGCCUUUCAGAUAUCCAAGAACUACAUGGGUCUUCUAAGCCACUUCCGACAACUACUAUCAUUUUACCUCUGAAGAGCGAAAAGGUUGAUGUAGUGAAAAAGCAGCUAUCGAGCAUACAUCCUGAAAUCCUACUGUUUCUCACAAAGAUAAGGCGGCUUUCUGUCCGAGAAGAUAAUUCUGAUCCAAAAUGCAGCACAAUAAAUGAGAUAUCCAUGGAGAGUGAAAAAAAUUAUCAAGUGCGGAAGAACAUACAUGCUGAGUCGUACACGCUCCAUUUGUCGGCUCAAGAGAAUAAGGAACAAGAAGAGUGUGGCUACUACAUGUGGAGACAAAAGUUCCCAGUCAAACCGGAGAAUAGAGUGGAUAUGCGUGCUGACAUAGAUGAGUAUGUGAUCACACUAGCCUUCCCACAUGGUCAGCGUCUGUCCCGGGGGAAACAGUCAUCACCAGGUGUCUAUGCUUUUCUUCCUACCGAGAUUUUAACGAACUUCCCUUUUAUCAUUCAGGCAGACUUCCUCCUUGCAUCCUCAAGAGAGACAAUACUUUUUGAUAGCAUGUGGAACAAGGGGAUUCUUGAGUGUGUCCCAAGCGCUUUCCUGAAUGCGUUUGUAGCGCUUGUGAAGUCAAGUGCUGAUGCACCAGCAAUGUCAUUGCCUUCCAUGUUCAACUUCCUGCCAGUACAUCCUUCACACGUUCCUUUUCUUGAGCCAGUUAGGUCUGCCAUCAAAGACAAGGUUCGUACUGAGAAUAUUAUGCCAUGUGAGUCUUAUACUCUGCAGAAGAUGUUCUGCAAACCAGGUGAAGUUGGGCGUAUCAAGCCAGGCUUCUGGACUAUCCUCAAGAAAGCACAAGAAUGUGGAGUGGAUUUGAAGAAUCUAUCAGCCCAUGGAACCUACAUUCUUAGCUGUCAUUUUGAUAAGAGUACAUACGACAGUGUGCUUGCAUUUCUGGAUGUAAAAAAUGUGAGUGCAAAAUGGUACGCGAAAUGCAUUGAAGGGUCCAAUCUUGUCUAUGAGCUACCUGAAGAACUUUAUAUAGAAUUUCUAUAUUUUUUGGCAACAAAUUGGGAUAGUUUUUCGAGUACAAGUAUGAAAUCUAUUCCCUUACUGAAGUAUGUUGACCGUUAUGGUGCUCCCACAUUCUGGAGCAUAUAUAAAGCUAGUCAAUCCAGUGGCAGACUUUGCAUCUCAUCUCACAAGAAGUACAUACAAUGGCUAAUCAGCUGGAACCAGGAGUUUCCCUCUUGCAAUCAGUUCUUUAUGCCUCUCAGUACACAGACAGCCCUAUAUGAUUUCUCUAAGAACACAUUUGUGACAAACUGGUUACGUUGGCAUGUGAACGUGCAGGUUGUUUCUGUCCAUGGCUAUGGACUCAAUAUUAUUGCUAAAUUGCUGGACCAUGAUCGCAGAUCGAUAGUCGCAUUUGCCCACUUUUUAUACCAUUCAUUUAAGAUGGGCCACAUAGAGGGCUACUUUGUGACACAGCUGUGCCAUGCCAUGCCAAUCAUUAACAUCUACGGGAAGGUGGUGAAGACGAAAACAAAUAUUGUUGUUCCUGCCAAGGGCAGCAAAUGGGUCAGGUUAAUGGGCACCAACCCAUGGAAGGAUGAGAAAUACACUGUAUUGGCAGCAGACUACAUGUCAUCAGGUUCUUUUGCCAGGAAAUCCACACCUGAUGGCCGGCUCUUCAAAUUCUUGACAAAGCACCUGCAGGUCUCAGAUGUACCAUCUAUAGACCCUCCAGAUGCAAGCUUCCCUACAGUCUCAUCACAAUUAACCGUUGAUAAUGCGUUAUUACUCUUGGAAUGGCUACGGAAUCUGAAGUCCCGUGGAGUAGAACUCCCAGCAAAAUUUAUGGAUUGUAUCAGAAGGGGAAGUUGGCUGGUGACAUCUGUUGGUGACAGACCACCAAGCGAAUCAUUUAUGUCCAGUGCAGAGUGGACAGGUCUUUUGCAAAUUGGAUCUUCCUUUGUUGACAUACCAAUCAUUGAUCAACAAUUCUACCAAAACAAGCUGAAUGUGUAUAAGGAAGAGCUCAAAACAAUUGGGGUGAGGUUUGAAUUUCAGGAGGCGUCCGUGUACAUUGGCAGUCACCUGAUGUCCAUUGCUGAAAGCAAUAUGCUAACCAGAGACAAUGUGUACUCACUGCUUCAGCUAAUUCGGUUUCUGCAAGAGAAUAAUCUAUCUACUAGUGCUCUUGUCGAUAGCGUGAAUAGUGGACAAUGGAUGAAGAGUACUCUUGGCUACAGAUCUCCAGCUAAUUGCAUUAUCUAUGACUCUGACUGGGCAGUGGCAUCACGUAUCAGUAUCCUACCAUUUCUUGAUGUGCAAUUCUACGGAGACAGCAUCCUUGACUAUAAACCAGAGCUUGAGUUGCUUGGUGUUCUUGUUGGGUUUAAAGAUAACUAUACAACUGUGAUCGAUAACUUCGAGUUCAGUUCCAAUGCUAUUUCUUCAGAGGCAACUGUACUAAUCCUGAAGUGUGUCCGUUACGUGAGCCCAUGUGAUGAUUUCAUAACAAAACUCAAGGAUAUAAAAUGGAUAAAGACUAAUGUGGGAUUCUGUGUUCCAAGUGAAUCAUUUCUCAUUGAUCCUGAAUGGGAGUGCCUUCUGAAGGUGUUUGGUGAAGUAGCAUUAAUUGAUCUUGGGUUCUAUGGGAGUGUCAUCAGUUCAUACAAAGAAGAGCUGAAGAAGACCGGGUUGAUUGCAGGACAUCUGGAGGCUUCAAAUGCUCUAGCUCUUCUUUUCAAGCAGAUGGUGUCAAAAUCAUCACUCACUAAGGCAAAUGUCCUUGCACUGCUUGCAUCCUACCGACAGCUGAAGUCACACCAACCGUCUCCCAUGAAGCUUUUCAACUGCUUGCGUGACGAGAAGUGGCUGCAUACAUCACAGGGAUUCAGGCGCCCAUCAGAUGCUAUUCUCUUUGAUGAAUCAUGGUGGUUGUUAUCUCCGAUUGCAAGCCUACCAUUCAUAAAUGAUGAGGACACUGGCUAUGGUUUAGGAUUGGAGAUAUAUGAUUACAAAGAUGAGCUCAAAGAUUUAGGUGUCACUGUGGAAGUGAAAGAUGGUGCUAACUUUGUCAUAGUGAAUCUUAAGAUUCCCAAUGAUCAGUCAGCCGUGCCUGCAUAUACUGUAUUGUCAUUGCUUGAAUGCAUACAGAAUUGGAUAGCCUGUCAAGUUUCACUUCCUAAGGAUUUUCUGGACAAAAUAUGUAAGAAGUGGUUAAGGACUACGAUGGGAUACAAAUCUCCGAAUGAAUGCCUCCUCUUUGAUCACAAGCAUUCUGCCAUCUGCAUGGAAGAUGGCCCUUUCAUCGAUGAAGUGUUUUAUGGUUCAGAGAUUGCGUCAUUCAAAGAUGCCCUCGCAGCAAUCGGAGUAGUCAUCAAUAUUGAAAAUGGAUGUGAUCUUGUUGCCCAGCAUAUGAAGUUCCACUCGUGUAGUGACACAAUAUCCCGUAUCUACAUGUACCUGAUGGAUUGCAACUGGAAACCUGUAAACAACAGUAGCAAUUGGGUUUGGGUACCAAGUGGAAUCCAAAGUGGAGAAUGGGUGAGCCCUGCAAAUUGUGUUCUUCAUGACAGGGACAAUCUUUUCAGCUCACAGCUACAUGUUUUGGACAAAUAUUACAACAAAAAGGUGCUCGGCUUCUUUGCACUUGUUCUUGGUGUGAGGUUUAAUCCAAAUGCUGAAGACCAUUGUAAACUUUGGAGUAAAUGGGAGGCAUUGGUUACUGAGCUGACGAUGGCUGAUUGCUCAGCAUUCUGGGGGUUCGUCUUGGAGAACUGGACCAAAGCCACAGAAAAUCUUCUCUCUGCAUGUGUCAUAAAGGUUCCUGUUUUCAAUGAAAGCAAGAUCAUCCUGUCCAAGAAGGAGGAUGUCUUUAUUCCUGAUGAUCUACUAAUAAAAGAUUUGUUUGACAAGCUCCCUCAGGAGUCGAUCUUCAUUUGGUAUCCUCCUGCAAGCCUACCUUACAUGUCUCGAGCAAGGUUUAACUGCAUCUACAAUAGCAUCGGCGUGCGGACAAUCUCUGAAUCUGUCGAAUGGAAUGAAUCGUUCACCUUGGGUGACACCGGCUUGCAAGAAGUCAAUGUUAGUACUGUGAUCAAACAUGGUUUGCUCCAGAUAGUCACUGCCUUCCUUGCGAACCCUGUUCUUGACAUUCCUGCCAAAGAGAGGCAUAAAAUGGUUUCCCAUCUUCUGAGUGUGACAAUCCUAGAGACAAAUGAACCGAUCACAGCAGGUUACAGUGUGAAGCUGUCCUCAGGGAGGCAUGUGUCUGUGAAGGCCAGCCGAAUGCUUCGGUGGGAGAGAUAAUUCCAAGCUAUACAUGCAGAGAUGCGAUCAAGAAACCAGCCACAGAGGAAAGAUCGAGUUUGCGACAUACUUCGCAGACGAGAUAUCGCAAGGCUUGCUGUUUGAGAUGGAAGAUCAUAUCCCUGAACUCACUGAGCUCGUGAAAUUCGGCUACUUGUUGGACUUCCAGGACUCGGCGGUCGAGUUCUUGCUGAAGUCCAAGAAUCUGCAGCUAUUCCCUGAGGACGAAGAGUUUUUGGAUUCUGCAAUGUGGUCGUAGGAUCAUUCUGCAGAACGCUGAAGAUUUCUCAUCUUAUGACUCCUCUUCAGUGAUAUCUAGUUUCUGCAUUGUAUAUAUCUUCCGUGGUAGGUUCACAGUGGCAACAUGAGCUGCUAGUGUUCUUCAGAAUUCGCUCUUCAGCCGGACAAGUUCCAGUGCUGCAUUUUGGAGGUUCUGGAUGGAACAGUUCCUGUGGCUCCAGAUAUAUCAGUAAUAAUUCAGUAGUGCAUUUUGUUGCUCCCAAUGUUAGCUUUUGCUUACUACUAGUAGCUUCUUAGACAAAAAUGUGUGUUUCCAGUUACUUUGGAACUGUGUCAAGCGUGUGGUAUGGUAUCGUUCAAUCUCACCAUGACCUGAUGAUGCAGAGUUUCGUGAUAGUCGUUUGGUAUUGCAGUGGAUUUCUAUGAUUAUGCUUGGUAGAAUUGCUUUUAGAAACUUCAGUGUUUACAUAGCAGUUUCUUUUAAUCUAUUGUGUCUUAAUGCAAUGACGAAUAAAUCUUUAAUA